AUGUUUGCAACAUUCGAUAGCAAAAGCCCUGGGACCAGCGCAUCCAGCAAUCCAUCCAGGGACACUGCAUCGUCGACCUCGACCCCCCAGCAGGCGCAGAGGCAGAAACGGCAACAAGUCUCCAGAGCAUGCGAUCGCUGCCGCACGUACCGCAUUAAAUGCGAUAACGAAUUUCCGUGCACAAACUGCAGAAGCAAAGACCAGCAAUGUAGCAAGAAGAGGGGCCCUGUCAAGACAGCCACGCUUGCGCAGGCGCGUCACCAAAUCGAUCAUUUGGAGCAGAGGGUCAAGGAACUAGAGCUGGAGCUUCAGGACGAGCGGCGUGCCAGCGCUGCCAACGCCACGCCCGGGACUGAUUCAGAUGUCGGCUUUCCCGCGCUACGGGGAAGCUCGUUGAGUAGUCCUGAAUCUGACGCUGAUGCGACGCUCUCCCCCGUGCACCAUGCUGCCGAUGGCCUCCCCACGGACAAGUUCAGUAAGGGAGUUUACGCUAAGCAGAGGGAUUCAUCACAGCAUACGACCUGGUACGGUCCAGGUUCGCUACAUUAUUUUGCUCUGCGGUUGAAUCGGUUCCUCGAGCUCUCCUUGCCGGAAGCCCAGCCCAUCUGCAACCCGCUUGUGGUUCGACAUGCGCGCGCGCUGGACGAUUCAACCGUUGCAAAUGACUAUCUGAGCCCCACGCAAGAGCAAUACUUUCUCGACCGCUACUGGCAGUCUUAUCACACCGUGUUCCCAGUUCUCGACGAGGCCGAUUUCAAGGAGCACUACACAUCACUAUGGGCCAAACCCAACAGAGAGCGAAAGCCGUCCGCCGUUGUGGACAUCAUGCUCGCGCUGUGCAUACAAGAUACGGCGGCCACGACGGGCGACAAUCAGUCGCCAGACGAUGCUUUCCAUAGUGAUACCGCUGUUCCCAGUCAUUACCGAUAUUACCAACGAUGCCGGACAUUGUUGCUAGCGGAGCUCGAGAUACCCACCAUCUCAACAUUGCAGUGCCAGCUGCUAUGUACCUUAUACCUGUGCUCAAGGAUGCUCCAGAACACAGCGGACAGCACGUGCGCCCAUGCCGUGCGCAUAGCUUACAUGCUGGGUCUGCACAUGGACCCCGCGAAUUCGUUGCCUCGUCGGGAGAGAGAGCUGCGGAAACGCCUGUGGUGGACCCUACACGUGCUUGAGACCAAGAUCAGCUUGAAGCUGGGACGCCCUUUUCUGGUGCACAGCUCAGAGGCCACUUGCCCCAUGCCUUCCGAUGAUUAUGAAACGGCUGCAUCUGGAUCCAGCUUUGCCCCUCUCGGUGAGAACGCUACAUGGCUCACAUGGAGCCUCCACCUCACAAAACUGUUCCGGAUUGCCAGGGCAGCCUCGACAGACUUCUACCGCAGGGACAUUCGGUGCUUCCACCGAGGAAGCAAGACUGCAAUGGUCCAGUCCGAAGCCUGUUUCGGCAUUUUGAAGCCACAUAUGGACCGACUGGAGCAGUGGACUAUAGACCUGCCACAGGUGCUUCAACCGAAGCGUCAAACCGGCGGCCGCCCUUUCUCAAUCGACAACAGAGGCUUGACGCUCGAAAUCGAGCCAUUUGCGCCUCUUUGGCUACAGCGACAGCGCUUCCUCCUGGAACUCAUGUACCAUGACCUUUGUACGAACCUAUACCGACCAUUCAUCCCAUUCGAUGCUAUGCAGCAUUCUGGGUCUAGACCCCUAACCGACUCUGCGGCUGUCAAGUGUGCCGCGCACGCGACUGCCCUGACAAACAUUCUUCACGAGGUGCUCUCCAAGACUAGCAUCUUGGCCGGUUUUCAUGAAGCCUUGCAGUGGCAAUGGAACGCGGCCCUGUCGCUCGUCGGCUUUGUUCUGGCUUAUCGAGCGUCUCCUUUGAUGCCCGGAUUAUCCACCUCGCGUGCGGCCAUGACCACCUCAGUUACCGUGUUUGAGCUUUUCGCAGGCAUGGACGGCUUCUCUGCCGCAGCUGGCACCGCAGCGGAUAUUCUGCGCGAACUGAGUGCAGCCCUGGACGUAAUCGCACCGAAGAACUCUGCUAGUCCCGAUAUUGAAGGUCUCCUCGCCGCCCCUGUUCCUCCGACCGAGAUGCACGCCAUGGACGGCAACUGGUUCGCGUCACCGCUGCAAAUGCCCGAUAUUCCAGAUCCCUUUGGCUGCGAUGACUCGGUGAUGCAGGAUCUCUGGACAGCGGAAGCCGAAUUUGACCUGGUCAACGCUGCGGAUAUUUACCCCGGCUUGGACUUGCUAUUACCGGGUAGCCGUGUGCUCGGCCAAGGCCAUUGGGAAUAUGCUCAACCCAAUUUUGACAAAGACUGA